UACUGUUGGUUAUCUGUGCACCAAGAUAUCGAAAUUGGUUGGUAAUUUUAAAUCUAUCCUCGCCAAGUUCUACCUAUGGCUGAGGUCCUCCAUUUUCUCUGUGGGUCAUUAACAUGUACUCAGUCUUUUCCUGGUUCAUCUGCAGACCCAAAUCAUCUAUUGCUUGUUUUAAAACUUCAUAACCCUCCAUCAAGGCUCUUUUAGACCUUGCAACUAAUUCGACAUCAUCUGCAUAGGCCAAAACUUGCAGCUGUCAGGGUUAGAAGGUAUUUUUUAUGGCUCGUUCUAAAACUAAGUUAAAUAAUACAGCAGAUAAAACAUCACCUUGUCUCAGGCCUUGGUCAGUGUCAAAGGAGUCCGAAAGCUGUCCAUCUAUCUUCACCUCACUUCUGGUCUGCCUUAAGGUUAGCAUAAUCAGUCAAAUUAGCUUUCGUGGUACUUGCAAUUCUCUUAAGGUCUCUCGUAGUUUUCCUCUGAUGACACUGUUGUAGGCUUUCUUAAAAUCAAUGUAAAGCUGGUGCACAUCAAGACUGUCUGUCUCUGUUAAGCAAUUCCUUAAAAUACUCUGCCCAUCUCUCAAGAAUCGCCUGUUUGCUUCCGAUUAAUUUUCCAUUUCGGUCCUUGCAAAACACGGCUUUGGUCUGAAAACCUUUAUUUUCUUCUUUUACUUUUUGACAGAAUUAUCUUACCAAUCCCCUUGCAUGACAGCUUUCCGUUUUCUUAAAAUUUUUCCUCUCAGAGGCUUUUUUCAUGUUUCUAUAUACUCUAGAAGCUUCUCUCCUUUUAUUCUUAAAUUCUUCAACAGUAAUUCUUGUUCUUAGUUGUAACAUACGCAUUCUAGCAUUGUUCCUUUCUUUGAUGGUUGCCCUACAUUCUUCAUCAAACCACUCUUCUCUGUGAAAUCUUUCCUUCAAUAACUUGCAGUUUAAUCAGUAAGUUUUGAGUUACAAGAGUUUUGCCCACUGUGCCACACAACCCGUUUGAAGGAUUCUUGGACUCUGUGCUGUUUAUACAAAUCAAGCACAGCAGAGAGGUCUCCAGAGACGUUUUAUACUAUAAAAAACAGCAUGUACUGGUGACUCUUAGUUCUUCUAAUCCACAGCACAAGUAGAGCUAAUUCUCUGCACAUUUGCGCAUUAUUUGAAGAUGAAGUGAUGAUAAUUUCAGAUCAUAUUACAGAAGGUAUUUCUGGUAAUGCAAUCAAAUGUAUAUUGUUUAACUGAUUUAAUAAUUCAUAGAGUACUUUAUAUUCACACAAUGUAUUAUUUAAAAUGUUGUGGUUAUCUAAAGCUGAUAAUCAUCAAAAUGGUUUAUUUGUAAGAUACAUAAAGAUUGAAUUAACUUUUUCUAUUCUCAUCCUCAGGUCAAUGAAUCCAUUCUUUGUUUAAUGGAAAAUGGAAAAUGGAACAUAUUUUUACUUGAUGUUGUUUGAAAAUAUUGGGUACAUAAGAUAUGCUUUCUUUGGUUUGGGAAUUAUUCUAUAUUGUGCUAUUGUAUUCUUUAAUGCACUUAUUAUUCUUGCAAUUUUUCUGGAAAGGACAUUGCACCAGCCCAUGUACAUUCUGAUUUCAUGUUUAUCCGUCAACUCUGUGUUUGGAACAGCUGCUUUUUUCCCAAGGUUACUGGCAGACUUGCUGUCUGAUACACACUCAGUCUCCCGUGAAGCAUGUAUCUUACAGGCUUUUGUCAUUUAUUCAUAUGCAUCAAAUGAAAACACGAUAUUAAUGUUAAUGGCAUUUGACAGGUAUGUAGCAAUCAGUAAACCAUUACAAUACAACAACAUAAUGACCCCCAGGAUUUUAUCUGUUUUAAUAUCCAUAAGCUGUAUUUAUCCGAUGCUUUGUCUUGGUAUUGCUGGUAUAUUAAAUGCCAGACUCACAAUGUGUGGUAACAAACUGUGGAAGGUUUACUGUCACAACUGGGAAAUUGUCAAGCUUUCUUGUGCAAAUACUAUUGUUAAUAAUGUUUUUGGCUUGUUCAUAUUGACCACAACUGUUAUCAUGCCUUUAAGUUUUAUAUUAUACUCUUAUGUUACAAUUCUUAUAAUUUGUAGAAAAAGCUCACUAGAUUUCAGAAGAAAAGCAUAUCAAACUUGUAUUCCACACAUAGUGAUCCUCUUAAAUUUCUCAGUAGCUCUUUUUUGCGAGGUCACUUUGAGUCGGAUUGCAAAUUUGGAACUCCCUAUAGGGCUGUCAAUCAUUCUUUCAUUAGAGUUUCUCAUUGUACCACCCAUCCUUGACCCUCUUGUUUAUGGUUUGAAUUUUCCUAAAAUUCGCAAAAAAAUUCAAUGGAUUAUAAAAGCUUGCAAAUAGCUGUAACAGAUGCUGCACAGAAUGUUAACAAAGUUCAAUGAUUGUAUGAUUGUAUGGUAUAAAUUAUGUAAUCAUGAUGUACAUCACAUUUUAUGAACCUGUGAAUUUGAGACUUUGAGUUUUACUGUUAAUCUUUGCCACAAUUAUAUAUUAACUAUACAUAUUAUUUCUAAUUUAGCCUGUUACUGGAUUCAUGACAUGGUUCAGACCCUCGGUCACAUCUCAGAUACC